AUGGGUGCCCUCGAACAGCUUACUCGCAAGUCCGGCGUCAUCGUCGGCGAUGACGUUCUCCGCCUCUUUGAAUAUGCUAAGCAGAACAACUUUGCCAUCCCCGCCAUCAAUGUGACCUCCUCCUCGACUGUCAUUUCUUCCUUGGAGGCUGCUCGCGACAAGAACUGCCCCAUCAUUCUUCAGCUGUCCCAGGGUGGUGCUGCUUACUUCGCUGGAAAGGGUGUCAGCAAUGACGGCCAGAAGGCUUCCAUCGCCGGUGGUAUCGCUGCUGCCCACUAUAUCCGCAGCAUCGCUCCUACCUACGGCAUCCCCGUCAUCCUUCACACCGACCACUGUGCUAAGAAGCUUCUCCCCUGGCUUGACGGUCUCCUCGAUGAGGAUGAGCGUUACUUCAAGCUCCACGGCGAGCCUCUCUACUCCAGCCACAUGAUUGAUCUGUCUGAGGAGCCCGUCGACUACAACAUCCAGACCACCGCCGCGUACCUCAAGCGUGCUGCCCCCAUGAAGCAGUGGCUCGAGAUGGAAAUCGGUAUCACUGGUGGUGAAGAGGAUGGUGUCAACAACGAAUCCGUCGACAACAACUCCCUGUACACCCAGCCCGAGGACAUCCUCGCCAUCUACAAUACCUUGUCCCCUAUCAGCCCCUACUUCUCCAUUGCCGCUGGUUUCGGUAACGUGCACGGUGUCUACAAGCCCGGCAAUGUCCGCCUGCACCCCGAGCUGCUCUCGAAGCACCAGGCCUACGUCAAGGAGAAGAUCGGCUCCGCCCAGGACAAGCCCGUCUUCUUCGUCUUCCACGGUGGCUCCGGAUCCAGUAAGGCCGAAUACAAAGAGGCCAUUGACUACGGCGUUGUCAAGGUCAACGUGGAUACCGAUAUGCAGUACGCCUACCUGAGUGGUGUGCGUGACUUCAUCCUGGGCAAGAAGGAUUACCUGAUGGCCAUGGUCGGUAACCCCGAUGGUGAGGACAAGCCCAACAAAAAGUUCUUCGACCCCCGCGUGUGGGUUCGCGAGGGUGAGAAGAGCAUGAGCAAGCGGGUCCAGGUUGCUCUCGAGGACUUCAACACUGCUGGCCAGCUGUAA